ACUAGUUGAAGCAAGAGACUCUGGCGAAUCAGUAUUGUUCAGCAUGUCGAAGUUUAAACAUUCAAAGAAGAUUGUGCUAAUAGUUGUUUUUGGACUUUUGCAAGUAACGGUGCAAAGUUCGAAUUGGUCGUAUCAUAUUCCAGCUUUUCGUGCCAACUGGUUCAAAGCCGUUGAACAUUGCCAUUCGCUCGGAAUGCAACUGGUGACUAUUGAGUCCAAAGCGAAAAACGAUGAGGUGGCAACAUUCAUCAACACUACGGAAUCUUACAACAAGUACAACUAUUGGAUUGGUGGAAGUGAUCUGGCGCAGAAGUUUUCGUUCAAGUGGUUAGCUACUGGAAAACCAUUUGAAUACACCAAUUGGUCUGCCAACGAGCCAAACAACGCCAACAAUAAUGAAGAUUGUGUACACAUUGUGCACCAACCGCAGCUGCGGCAAUUUUGGACGUGGAAUGAUCACCGAUGCUCGAAAGAGUUGGAUUUUCUUUGCGAAAAUGUUGCGAGUCCAGUUUCCGGUGACUCCUCCGAAAUAAAAUUCUUUAAAUAAAGUUGACUUUUUCAAACUUUCGUCAAAAAACUUGUUUUCUGAUCUUAGAGUAAAUUAAAUUGUGACUUUUCGAAAAAAUCAAACAGCACUUUAGUCGUGAAACAUUUUUCUGCCUUGAGUAACGAAGAAUUGAUUUUUUGUAGAAAUAAUUAGCAAGUUUACCUUAUCAUCAAUUAUUUGCACUUGUUAUAUAUAUUUCGCGUCGAAAGAAACUGUGCUUCAAACUAAAAUACGUAAUUUCCCAUUACUUCAGUGUGAAUAAAAGCAAAACUAUGACCAUUCUA